AUGAUCUACAGAGCGCUCAUCCUGUCAGUUCUCUGGGCAGGAUGCUGCACAGCUUUGGUCAGUGCACAGGUGGCAGUGUUAAACUUACUGACCGGUGAACAGAAGGCGGAGCUGAUCCUGCAGUCGGGUUCAGGACUGAUGGGAAAUGAGUCUGUGGUUAGAGAGGUCUUCAACAGUGUGCUCAUGUCUUCAGGACAGAACCAACUGAGUAUCUUCUUUACUACCUUCAACCAGACUGCAGGACAGAUGAACGUGACUAGCAUUCCUCCAGUGGUGUCAAAGACCAUUCUGAACAUGACUCUGGAAUCUCUGGGCAGCCUUCCCCUCUACUUCAAACGAGACUUCUGGGAAAUCUUUAGCUCUACCACAAAGAGAACGUAUCUGAAGUCAUUCAUUCAAGUGUUGAAGAAGCAGAAGAUCUCGAUCGUGAAGCUCAGGAAAUUCUUCACAGAGUUCAGCUAUAAUUUAAAAAUCACCGGACGCGCAGCAGCAGUUUGCACUACAGGAAACAUCACAGAGGCGACGAUUGCAGAUCCAUCAUUUACUUUCGGCUACGACUACACUCAGUUUGCUGCAUGUCUGGACAUCGCUGUCCUGAGGGACAACCUGGCGUCCAUCACUGAUAAAGUGGUGGACACCAGCUUCCAGACCAUCAUCCUGAACAAGUUAAACCAGGUCUGUGUUACUGAACACCAGUCAUUUUAACUCAAUGUGGUUAAU